GUGAACUCGAGACUCCACCAUGCCUGAGACAGUACCCAAAGCAGCGAAGAAAGGCUCCAAGAAAGCCGUGACUAAGGCCGGGCCCAAGGGCGGCAAGAAGAGGAGGUCCAAGAGGAGGGAGAGCUACGCCAUCUACGUGUACAAGGUGCUGAAGCAGGUCCACCCCGACACCGGCAUCUCCUCCAAGGCCAUGGGCAUCAUGAACUCGUUUGUCAGCGACAUCUUUGAGCGCAUCGCCGGUGAGGCCUCCCGUCUGGCUCACUACAACAAGCGCUCCACCAUCACUUCCAGGGAGAUCCAGACCGCCGUCCGCCUGCUGCUGCCCGGGGAGCUGGCCAAGCACGCCGUGUCUGAGGGCACCAAGGCCGUCACCAAGUACACCAGCUCCAAGUAAACAGGGACUGCUGCUCCAACAACAACAACACAACGGCUCUUUUAAGAGCCACCCACCUCCUCUGGAGAGACUUUCCUCUUAGUGAAACUUCAUUAAUGUGUUUAUUACAUGUUCUACCACACGCCAUAUUGUAUUUGUAGAUCAGUG